CGCUCCAGAGAGGACGGCACAAAGGACCAAAAAAACGCUCACCGGGCCACUUUUAACCACAACCACGUCUCCCAAUCUGAUGUGAAUUAAUGAGAGGGUUUCUGAAGGCUGGGCCGGAGCUGCUGGCGGCCUGACAGCUGCCGGAGCGGACCGGAGCGGACCGGAGCGGAGCCCCGCUGUCUCCGGCCGCGGACCCGCGGAGCCGCGGACCCGCCGCCGUGAUCCGGAGGGCCCGCUGCCCCUCAGCCGCCGCCAGGACACCGUCUUUUAUCGGAGGACUCCAACAUGGGGGUGAAGACGUUCACCCACUGCUCGACGUCUCACAGCCAGGAGAUGCUGGAGAAGCUCAACGCUCUGCGGAACGGGGGUCACCUAUGUGAUGUCACCAUCCGGGUCCAAGACAAGCUCUUCCUCGCUCACAAAGUGGUGCUGGCGUGCUGCAGCGAGUUCUUCCGCUCCAAGCUGGUGGGCCGGCCGGGGGAGGAGGACAAGUUUGUGCUGGACCUCCAUCACGUGACCGUGAGUGGUUUCGCUCCUCUGCUGGAGUACGCCUACACCUCCACUCUGUCCAUCAGCACGGAGAACAUCAUCGACGUCCUGGCAGCUGCCAGCUACAUGCAGAUGUUUGCAGUGGCCAGCACAUGUUCGGAGUUCAUGAAGUCCAGCAUUUUGUGGAGCUCGACAAACAACGGCGGCAGCAACAACAACAACAUAACGACGGACAAACCGCACGAGUCGGCCGCAGAGAGUGCCUCGUCCCACUGUGCCCUGACGCCGCUGGACGGCAGCGUGUCGCCCGUGUCGUCCGACUGCAGCGUGGUGGAAAGAAAUGUUCCAAUCUGCCGUGAAUCCAGGCGAAAACGGAAAAGCUUCGUCACCAUGGCGUCGCCCGAGAGUCCGCUCAAAUGCUCCGCACAGAUGGUCACCACCUCCCCUCAGAUCCCCAACCCUUCGCCAUCGUUCUCUGACAGCGCCACCCAGCCUGUAGAGUCCUCCCUCGCCUUCCCGUGGACCUUUCCAUUUGGCAUUGACCGCCGCUUCCACUCGGACAAAUCAAAGCUCCAAGAGAGCCCUCGUUGCUUAGAGCAGAGCACCCCAUCGACGUCGGAGGUGGCGGCCGCUCGUCGACUGAGCGAAUUCCUGGCAUGCGAGAGCACCAAGGUGGUUUCGUCGCCGGCAGUGGAGGAGGAGGACGUGAGGGUGAAAGUGGAGCGUCUAAGUGAUGAGGAGGUCCAGGAGGCGUCAUCACAGCCAGUCAGUGCUUCUCAAAGCUCCCUGAGCGACCAGCAGACGGUUCCAGGGAGCGAGCAGGUCCAGGAGGAUCUCCUCAUCAGUCCUCAGUCCUCAUCUAUAGGGUCCAUGGACGAGGGGGUGUCGGAGGGCUUGCCGUCAAUGCAGAGCACCUCCAGCGCUGGAGGACAUGCUGAAGAUGAUGAGAGGCUGGAGGGUAUUCAGUACCCCUACCACCUCUACAUAAGCCCGUCAGCCCGACCCGGCACCAACGGCCCCGACCGGCCAUUUCAGUGUCCAACCUGCGGCGUUCGAUUCACACGCAUUCAAAACCUCAAACAGCACAUGCUCAUACACUCUGGCAUUAAACCAUUCCAGUGUGAUCGCUGUGGGAAAAAGUUCACACGGGCCUACUCCCUAAAGAUGCAUCGGCUGAAGCACGAAGGUAAACGCUGUUUCCGGUGCCAGAUAUGUAGCGCCACAUUCACGUCCUUCGGUGAAUAUAAGCACCACAUGAGGGUCUCCCGACACAUAAUCCGCAAGCCGCGGAUUUAUGAGUGCAAAACAUGCGGCGCCAUGUUCACCAACUCUGGCAAUUUAAUUGUACACCUGAGGAGUCUGAACCAUGAGGCAUCCGAACUAGCAAACUACUUCCAGAGCAGUGAUUUCCUCGUGCCCGACUACCUGAGCCAGGUGCAGGAGGAGGAGGAGGCGCUGGGAGUCCAGUAUGAGCUGGAGGAGCCCCAACAUCACCCGGUGUACCCGGGCAGCACCUCCACCCCCCCCACCGCCGCCGCCGCCUCGUCCUCCUCCUCAGUUCAGAUGCCUGUCAUCUCACAGGUGUCCUCUUCCACCCAGAAUUGCGAGAGUUCCUCCGGCUUCCUUUCCCCCGAACCCCUGGACCCCCUGGAAACCCCGGCCUCCCUCAAGGGGGACACCAAGGAGACGGCGGCGGCCGUGACGGAGGAGGCGAAGGUGGACGGCAGCGUCGGAGGCAGCUCUCCGGAGGUGUUUGAAGAGGACAAGCAGCAGCAUGCUCGGGCCGAGGAGGCGGCUCCCAUUACCAUCGAGUGAUUCCAGUCUCCUGCUCACCCAUCAUGUCUUAUCGUGCCGUCAUGUCAUAUGGGAAUAUCAGUGGACACGGUUGGACGGCCGAACAGGACGCCUCUUCACGUGGACCAGCUGUUGAAAUGUUGCGGAGACAACGUAGGCACUUACACAAGUUGACGUUUUACACCUGGACAAGAUGAUCUAGGUCUGAAAGCAUCUUAGCCACCUGGAGACGCCAGGGAUCGCAACUGUGACGGUUUUAAUUUUUUUUAAUUUUUCCCAUAUGACUUGAAUGCAGCACUUGUAAAAGUCAUUAAUGCCAAUUGGAGGUGUUUAAAUCCCAAGCCUUGCUCUACUUUUGGAAAGUGCCUGAGAGUGAGAACUAAAACCGAGUCGGAUGUAGACGAAGAGGACUUGACUCGCCACAAGGGACGAGUCAGGUCUUUGCAACCUGAGCUAAAGCGACAAGGACGGAGCGCGUAGAGGCCGAGCUGGUUCGUACGGACGCAGACUGUGUUAUUACUUUGGUGCAACUGUUAAAUGUCUAUCUUAUCUAUUCUGCGAUAGCUUGUACUGUAGUUCUGUUGGGAUGCUGUGAACUCUGAUGUGUCAGGUGUGCGUAUGUGCUCUUCUUUAAUCACUCUGAACAGCACAUUUCAUUAUUAAAUGUUUUAAACUUGAAAUGUAUUAACAAAGUAUUCCCUAGAGACAUUUGUGCAGUGAUUACGUUUUCUGACCUCCUCCUUAUUUAACAUUUUCAGUGAGCACCUGUUAAGUCUAGAUAUCUAGGGCUGGACCCGACCAAAUGUUUGGAUAUCCGAAUGUUUCCAUCUCAAGACUCCAGAUGUGCUCCUGUUUUAGUUUCGUCUUUUUGGCCAAGGGCUGAAUUUGCAAAUUUGCGGUGUCACAUUUCUGUCAGAUGUUGAAAGUGCACUAAAGCGUGACCGCGACGGGGCUGCAGGAAGUCAGGAGAGGGUCACGUUGACCAUCAAAAAGAUGGCGUUACCAGUGAUUCUCCGACAGGAACCGAUCAGGUCUGAGGAGCUCGGUUCCCAGCGGCACGCGUGUCGUGUUGGAGUAAACGUGAACACUGUGAACACUGAAGACGGUGUAUCCGUGCACAGUCCGAACGAGCGCUGCGCCACAGUAAAGAGGAUGCGCUCGGAGUGGAGGUGACGGCCUGAACCUCUGACCGCGUCACCCGGGUUACCGCCACGUUAGUUGGUCACAAAAAAUGAAAAUGAACUGAUAAUAAACCCGGCUCAUAAGAUGAGGACGGAGCGGCGUCUCGUUCUUCACCACAAACACGUCAAAAGCAGAACAGCCUGCUCUCUCUAGGCAAGGGUAGAAAGCCAGCGUCCAACCAUUCUCCCCACACCUACCAGCUGGUACGGAAGAGUGUCAGGGCCAUGCAGGAGAAAAAAUAUUUGAGAGGGGAAGAUUUUUUUUUAUUGUGCACUUCGAGAAAAAAGUCGAAAUGUCGAGGAAAAAAGUCAAAAUGUCGAGAUUAAUGUUUAAAUAAAAUUUCAAGAAUAAAGUCUAAAUUUCGUGAAUAAAGUCGAAAUUUUGAGAAUAAAGUUGAAAUACAUUUUGACUUUUUUCUCGAAAUUGUACUUCACAGGGUUCAUAUGUUUUGAAAAAACCUGGAAAAGGCAUGGAAUUUGAAAAUGUCAUUUUCAAGGCCUGGAAAAGUUUUGGAAACAUAAGUUCACCCCAAAAGUUUUGGAAAAGUGAUGGAAUUUAUUUUUCUCACUUAAUGAUAACAUUUAGUAAUAACAGCCUAUAAGGUAGAUCUAAAAUUGAUCAAUAAAUAUUUCGUAUAGAAAAGUCUUGCGCGUGACUUGCCUAGCGUCAGUUAUUAUUACAGUUAUAUUAGAUAACUAUACAACAUAUACUACAACAUAGUGCUGGUAUAUCAGUGUUAGUUUAAACAAAUGUUUAUUUUGUAUAAAACCAUAAUUGUCAUUAGAUCUCCUCUGUGGUGACUUUUUACAUAGUUUUAUUCCUAUAUUUCAUUCAUACAUUGAUGUUUUAGAGGUCAUGUAUUGUAUUGUAAUGUGACCCAAAGCCAAACGUUCAGCUAAACCUUCAUCCAAUUUCAAUAAAAAAUGAUGACAGAGGCGUGGAGUGGCGUUCCAUCAAAUAUAUUGAAGCUUGAACAACAAAACUGCAACAGAACAAUACAGAGUUAAAUUAGUAGAUGAACCAAUGCUAAUGGCUAGCUAACAGAUCGUUUUUUAUGCUAACAAAGCUCCUAUCAAAACAAUCCACCAAGAAACAACAUUAGAAACAAAAUGGUCGGCAAGAUACAAAAAUAAUUGUCUGAUAUAUCAAACUGUUAACUUACAGCAUUGCUUGUACACAACUGAAAUGGUAGGAAUCCGAUUUGAUAGAGCAGGGUAACGACGGCUGGUCUGACCGGAGCACAUGUACAAACAGGAAGUGAAGUCACGAGAAACCGGAAGUGACAUCGCUGUUCUUACAUCAUCUCAAAACAAUGUAAUAUUGAUUUAUACUGUAAAUACUUUGUUAACUUAUUAUUAAUAACCCAUUUCCCAUAUGUAAAUAUACAAAACGUGUUUUAACAAAUAUGAACUUUUCAAUUAUUUUAAUAAUACAAUGAACAACACAGGGUAACAUAGUUACAGGGCAACACAUGUAUAGUCAUGGAAACUUGCUGCCAAGUCUUGGGAAAGUCAUGGAAAAGUCAUGGAAAUUUGUUGGUUAAAAUGUGUAUGAACCCUGACUUCAACAUUAUUCUCAACAUUUCAACUUUUUUCUCGAAAUUGUACUUCAACAUUAAUCUCGACAUUUCAACCUUUCUCUCGACAUUUAAAUUUUUUUCUCGACAUUUCAACUUUUUUCUCGACAUUUCGACUUUUUUCUUGAAGUGCAUAAUAAAAUAGAAAAUCUUCCUCCUCUAAAAUAUUAUUUUUCUUUUUCUCCUGCCUGGCCCUAAUACUCUUCCGUAAGCUGGCGACCAUGAGUUUCCAGGCUCAGUUUCCUGACUGUGCUAAGUACCGUACAGAUACUGUCAACGCACCGCUCAAAGACACUCAUAAUUAUCAGGAACCGGAUCAGCCAAACAUAUCCACGUUCACAGGAGUGGCUCCUGGAAGUUCAUGCUUUUUAUUGCCUUUUAGUCUGAUGCAUGUAUUUUAUCUUUGGUUUGGUGACAUUGCUGUUGUGCCAGCUUUGCAGUGACAGUAACUCUCCAGUAUAUCGUGCUACUCGUGUGGGAGUUGUUUUAGUCCCACGGCAGCGACCGAGCCCCGAGCCUGAGAGCGGGAAACGGGCACGUGUGGACGGGUGGGGAAAUGCUGCAGCAGCAGCGGCUAGGAUCCGCUGACGAUGCUCGGCUGCACCUGUAGCGCCUGAUUCACACGGCAGCGUCGCAGGACAGAGGGCGUGUUCACAACGCCGUGCUCAUGAGAAUUAUCAGUGGUUUCCAUUGGCCAGCCUUGUUCUUGGUGCCUUUCCGUGUCAGAAAUGUAGGCAGAGAGGAGAAUUUAACGGUUGAUAACGGCCAUGAUGAGUUUGUGUGUGUUCAAACGCACCCACUCUGGCCUUUGACCACCUCCCUGUACCAGUUCAUUGGCUCGACCGGGUCAGCAACCCGCGGCUCCAGAGCUGCCCUAGUGGCUCCCUGGAGCUUUUUCUAACAUGUUUACCUUUUUUUUUCCUUUUUUUCUUCUUUUUUCCUUUUUGUCUCUUUUUUGCUUCCCUUUUCCUUUCCUUUUUAAUCUCGACAUUUCAACGUUUUUCUCGAAAUCUUGACUUUUCUCUCGACAUUUUGACUUUUUUCUCAAGAUUGUACUUCAACAUUAA